AUGAACGCCAAUUCGCAUGAAACUGCAGAAGCAGAGCCGGCCUCCAGCUUUAUUAACGUCAAGUUAAUUGCAGGCACCGUCACCCUAAAACCAAGCCCUCGGAGGUGGAAUGCACGCAGCCCCACGCACAGCGUCAGGGUCUUUUCGCUUUGGCCAGGCCUCCAAGGAAACGUAGAGACCCUCGCGGUCGCCGCGCUGCAGGUGGGCUUCCAGAAGAUCCUGACGCUGACCUACGUGGACAAGCUGAUCGACGACGUGCACAGGGAGUUCAGGGACAAGUACCGCAACGAGUUCCAGCAGAAAGGCGCCCUCGGCCUCCUCAACGGCACCUUCGAUUUUAAAGAUGACUUCAUGCGGCUCCUCCGGGACGCAGAGGAGAGCGGUAAAGUCCGAGCUCCCACGGUCAUGAAGACGUUCGAGCAGUCCCUCAAGUCCCAGAAGACCGUCAAGUGCAUGAUCGAAACCCGGGGGGAGAAACCGAAGGAGAAAGUCAAACCCAAGAAGAACAAAGGUUCCAAAAAAGAAGGAACCGAAGCUGUCGCAGCGCCCGGUAAAGCACCGGCGGGCGACAAGCAGCCCUCCGCCGCCGGGGAGAAGGAGGAGCUGAGCAAGGAUGAAAUCCUGCAGAAGAACCGCGAGGAGUUCUUCAAGAGGCACAUGAAAGCAGGGGAGAAGUCCAGAUCUCCGAAGCCCGAGGCGCAGAAGGAAAAGGGGAAGAAGCCCCGGGUGUGGGAUCUGGGGAACUCCAACGCCAAAGUACUCGAUUACAGUAACUCCGCUACCAACGGCAGCGCGGAGGCCGCUCCCGUGGAGGAAUUCGACCCCGACACAGUAAGGAAAAGUCAGGUCGCCACGUCCGCUUUCGCGUCUUGUUCUGGGGUUCACCUGGGCGUUGUGAACCCCCCCCUGAGGAGCGCGAAGAAGGGUGGCCUGGGGGGCAUGUUUGGCAUGCUGAAAGGCCUGGUGGGCUCCAAGAGCUUGACAAGGGAGGACAUGGACCCCGUCCUGGAGAAGAUGAAGGAUCACUUGAUCGCAAAAAACGUAGCGGCCGAGAUUGCAGUGCAGCUCUGCGAAUCGGUGGCUAAGAAACUGGAAGGGAAGGUGAUGGGAACGUUCACCACGGUGACCUCGACGGUGAAGCAGGCGCUGCAGGAGGCUCUCGUGCAGAUCCUGCAGCCUCAGCGCCGUGUGGACGUCCUCCGUGACGUCAUGGACGCCCAGCGCCAUCGCCGACCCUACGUGGUCACUUUCUGUGGCGUCAACGGCGUCGGGAAGUCCACCAACCUGGCCAAGAUCUCGUUCUGGCUCAUCGAGAAUGGUUUCAGCGUCCUCAUCGCUGCCUGCGACACCUUCCGCGCGGGAGCGGUGGAGCAGCUCCGCACCCACACCCGUCGCCUCAACGCCCUGCACCCUCCGGAGAGCCACAGCGGGCGGACCAUGGUGCAGCUCUACGAGAAGGGCUACGGCAAGGAUGCCGCUGGGAUUGCCAUGGAGGCCAUCUCUUACGCUCGGAACCAAGGCUUUGACGUGGUGCUGGUGGACACAGCGGGCCGCAUGCAGGACAACGCUCCCUUGAUGACGGCGCUGGCCAAACUCAUCGCCGUCAACGCUCCCGACCUGGUCCUCUUCGUUGGGGAAGCGCUGGUGGGAAAUGAGGCCGUGGAUCAGUUGGUCAAGUUCAACAAGGCCCUGGCCGAUCACUCCAUGGCCCAGACGCCGCGCCUUAUCGACGGGAUUGUCCUCACCAAGUUCGACACCAUCGAUGACAAGGUCGGCGCCGCCAUCUCCAUGACCUACAUCACGAGCAAGCCCAUCGUUUUCGUUGGUACCGGACAAACUUACUGUGAUCUGCGAAGCCUUAACGCCAAGGCCGUGGUCGCAGCGCUGAUGAAGGCCUAA